GAACAUCCCAAAGAUCUGUCUUUUUGAUUUGAUAUCUCUUAAUUUGUUGAAUUGAGCCGAUCUCAAUUCUGAAAUGACAAUCCCAUGAUUCGUCUCCCUCCCUCCCUCCCUGCAACAAACGUUGCACUCACUCAUUAUUCACUUCAGCUUCUUUUUUCCAACUCUACAAUCUCAUCCCACGUUUUCCCUCUUCUACAUUCCACCAACUCACACCGACACGAAAUAAACGCGGGAUACCCUCUUCUAUACCUGCCCGGACUGUGUUUCCUGUGCUGCCGCCCUUCCCCUCUUUUCUGCAAUGAGGAGGAGAUCGUCCUCCUCCGACCUCUGUCUCUCUCUUCUCCUCCUGUCUCUAGCUUCGUCUCCUUCUUCGGCCCGCACCCUCACUGUUUCAGAUUUGGAUCUCUUUGAUGCGCCAAAUGUUACUGAGUUCACCAACAGCUCUCACCCUAGUCCUAAAGAACAGAGCUUUGCCGACAUAAUUGAUCGAGCCCUGGAGAAUGAGUUCACCGAGGGCGAUCAGAAUGAAGCAAACGAAGUUGGCGGAUUCAAUAACAGUGUUUCUGAACAACAGGCUGUUUUGGAAACCGUAGCUAGAGUAAAGUCCAAGAAAAAUGACACCGAGGAAAAGUCAUUUACUCAACAUGUCUUCAAUCUUGAUGGUGACAAUGGAGCAGAUGACACACCGAUGUUGAUUGAUAGAAAGGACAAUGUCUUUAUCAUAUCAAGUUUCAAAUCAAAGUAUCCAGUGCUUCAGUUAGACUUGAGAUUGAUAUCAGAUCUGGUAGUUGUAAUUGUCUCAGCAACUUGUGGAGGCAUUGCAUUUGCUUGUGCAGGACAGCCGGUUAUUACUGGUUAUUUGCUGGCUGGAUCAAUUGUUGGACCAGGAGGUUUCAAUUUUGUGAGUGAAAUGGUUCAGGUUGAGACAGUGGCCCAGUUUGGUGUAAUCUUCCUUCUUUUUGCGUUGGGGCUGGAGUUCUCUGCAACAAAGAUUCGAGCCGUCCGCUCUGUUGCUCUUUUAGGAGGCCUGCUUCAGAUUUUCCUAUUUAUGUGUUUAUGCGGAAUUACAGCCUCACUAUGUGGUGGUAAACCUUCAGAAGGAGUGUUUGUUGGUACAUUCCUUUCCAUGUCUUCAACUGCAGUUGUGUUGAAGUUUUUGAUGGAGAGAAACAGUAUAAAUUCUCUUCAUGGUCAAGUAACCAUUGGUACCCUUAUUCUACAGGAUUGUGCUGUGGGUUUGCUCUUUGCUUUGCUUCCAGUUCUUGGUGGAACUUCAGGUUUACUACAAGGUGUUAUCUCCAUGACCAAGUCGUUGGUGCUGCUGAUAACAUUUUUGGUUGUUUUAGCUAUCUUGUCUCGGACUUGUGUACCCUGGUUCCUCAAGCUGAUGAUCAGCCUGUCAUCUCAGACCAAUGAACUAUAUCAAUUAGCAUCAGUUGCGUUUUGUCUACUUGUUGCAUGGUGUAGUGACAAGCUUGGUCUAAGUUUUGAACUCGGUUCCUUUGCUGCUGGAGUUAUGAUAGCAACAACUGAUCUUGGUCAACAUACGCUUGAGCAAGUAGAACCCAUCAGGAACUUCUUUGCUGCUCUUUUUCUGGCUAGCAUUGGAAUGCUGAUCCAUGUUCAUUUUCUGUGGAACCAUGUGGAUAUUCUAGUAGCAUCUGUUAUAUUAGUAAUCAUUGUAAAAACAUUCAUCAUUACGGUAGUUGUCAAAGGGUUUGGUUACAGCAACAAGACAUCAUUUCUGGUAGGGAUGUCCUUGGCACAAAUAGGGGAAUUUGCUUUUGUUCUUCUUAGCCGUGCUUCAAAUCUUCAUCUUGUUGAGGGCAAAGUUUACUUGCUUCUUCUUGGGACAACAGCGCUUAGUCUGGUGACUACACCAUUACUCUUCAAGCUAAUACCUGCAGUAGUGCAUCUUGGUGUGCUAUUGCGCUGGUUCGCACCCAACAGUCACAGUGAGAUUGGAUAUAAAGGUGAGAACCUUCGAUCAGAGAAGCAACGACUUGCCUUGAUCUCCAAAGAUCUUUAUGAAGUAAACCUGUCAAAAUGAGAUGCACCUCAUUCCAGCUCGACUCCAUAAUCACUUAGUUUUAUAGAUACUGGUUCAAUAGGUUUGAACUUUCUUCUUCACCAAGCUCUUUGUGUGCCUCCAUGUACGAGAGUAACCAUCCCAAUGAACAGAAAACAAGUCUAGCGUAGUAGUGCUAAUCUAACUUCUGUAAUGAGUAACACUUAAUAUUCUUCUCCUUUUUCAUUUUAUUCUUUAUUUGUUAUUUGGUGGCAUGCAGGAUAUCAUCCCUUCUUAAGUAUAUGGUUUUUCUCUCCUCACCUAACCUAGCCUAAUGUAUAAUAAUAGUUCCAUGUAAUGUAAAUUGCGUCUAUAGCUGGCAUUUUUCUUUAUUCCACAUUUGUUCAAAGUGUAAAAAAUAAAAUGUGUACCAAUUUGGUUAUUUACUU